UUCCCCUUCCCCCUGCCUGUUCGUCAAUCGUCAUAUCGGUCAUUUGUUUUUGAUUCGACGUAUCAUUCAUACUCAGAUGUUUUCAUGUCAAUUCGCGUGUACUUGACUUGUAAAUUUUCAUAUUUGGUUCCUUGACUGUUUAUAACUCAAAAUAUAGUAUAUAAUUUGAUUCUCACGUUUGACAUCGCAAUACUUCUUACAGCUUGUUAUUUAUCUUUUCUCGUUUGUGAAGGACGUCACCAAUCCCAUCAGACAACAUGAAAUCGGACUAUGAUGCACCUCCUUAUUCUGACAUGGAGUUUGGUGGUAGCUUCUCGGAGAAAGCCAUCAGGAUGGCUUUUAUAAGGAAGGUCUAUGCUAUCCUUAUGGCACAACUGGCUAUCACAGUGGCAUUUAUAUGUUUGUUUCUUUUCAGUGAACCUGUCAUGAAAUACACAAUGGAACACACUGAAAUGCUAAUAAUAGCUGUUGUAUUGUCUUUUGUUCUGAUCAUUGCUAUGAGUUGUUGUUCUAAUGUUCGACGUACCUACCCUCUGAACAUGAUUUGUCUUUUCUUAUUUACCAUUGUUGAAUCUUUUAUGCUUGGAACUAUUGCUGGCUCUUAUAAAGUGGAUGAAGUUUUAUGGGCUGUUGGAAUUUGUGCUGUAAUCUGCUUGGGACUAACUAUAUUUGCAUUUCAAACUAAAUAUGAUUUUACAAUGAUGGGUGGCAUGCUGUUUGUUACUUUGUUGAUUUUUGUAAUAUUUGGAUUUCUAACUAUAUUUCUUUACAAUGAGGUUGUUAGACUGAUAUAUGCUUGCAUUGGUGCUUUGAUCUUUUCUCUGUAUCUGGUUUAUGACACUCAGCUGCUGAUUGGCGGAAAUCAUAAAUAUACCAUUUCACCAGAAGAAUACAUAUUUGCUGCUCUCAAUCUAUACCUGGAUGUCAUCAAUCUUUUUAUCUACAUCCUUCAAAUAAUUGGAUCUCGCAACUAAUUUUUUUUAAUAUUUUUAAUUUUUUUUCUACAUAAUUAACAUAACUUUACGAAGAAGUAGACUGCAAGAUAUCCUACUUGAAAGAACUUUAUUAUAUUCUAGUGAAAUACUUUGACCGUGUAUGAAGAAAUCCUGAGCUUAUGCAAGUUUUACAUGUUGAUGUUUUGUAUCUUAUUAAUGUAAAAUCACUGCUUUAGGUUCCUGUAGGAUUUUUUAAUCAUGUACUAAGUUAUGCCCAAAUCAACCGGUUGUUUUGUAAUUUACUUGUCUACUUGAUGUUAUGUAAGUGCAUUUUAAAUUUGGGAGGAUGUUGAACUUAUUUUUGGUACCUUCAAAGAACCAUUUUGUUUCUGAUGGGGGAGAGUUUACGUUACAAAAAUUUAAGGCAAGCAGCUUGUUCUUAACAGCAUAAGUAAUGCUGUUAAGUAUUUUUUUUCUUUAAUUUUAAUUUAUUUAUCAAUCUGAGGAAGUAGUGUGUAGUUUUCUUCUGUAACCAUAUAAUUUUAUUCAUAACAUGCCAAAGCCAUAAGAUUGUUCUAAAGUAAUUUAUUUAAAUCUAUUGCGUAUAAAAAAAAAAUAUAUUGCAGUCUUUUCAGAUAAUAUUGUAUCAAAACAUCCUGUUUCUCAUAGAAUCUUAUGGCAAUUUUAUGAGUAAUAUUGUGUAAUGUUAAGCUUCGAUUGUUGUACAACUAGCUGCUGUUGAAGCUUUUUGAUGUAAAUUUUCGUAUGUUGUGGCCGAAAUAAAACUUUUUAAAAAUAAA